CUCGCACCGACUUGUCUGUAGCGUCAACAUGAUCCUGAAGUUGGUAUUAUUCACCUUGGCGGCUGUUGUGGGGGCUGACAAGCUCCCGUCUACCUCUUACGGGGCGCCCAGCAGAGGAAGUGGAGGUGUCCCAGGUGCGGGUGGAGGACGCUUUGGGGCUUCUGGAGUGAGAGGAGGCUUCGGUUCCCCUGGAGUGGGAGGAGGCUUCGGUUCCCCUAGAUCAGGAUUCGGAGGAGGACCAGUUGGUGGUUUUGGAGGAUCACCUGGAGGCUUCGGGGGACCGAGUGGUGGAGCCUUCGGGGGCCCAGCCGGUAGUGGCUUUGGAGGCCCAGCCGGUGGUGGCUUCGGGGGAGCUGCAAGUGGAAGCUCUUUUGGCGGAAGUUACAGACCAUCAGGACCUGUUGUGCCCAUCCUGAGGGACGAGCGUCAGGGACCUGAUGCGUACGGCAACUACAACUUCAACUUCGAGACUGGUGACGGCAUCAGUCGUCAUGAGCAGGGCGCCCCUCAGGGCCCGACUGGCGCCGUGGCAUCUCAGGGAGGAUGGUCAUUUACCUUCCCCGAUGGAACUCCAGCUAACUUCAAGUUCGUCGCGGAUGAAGGCGGUUACCGCGUGGAGUCUCCCCUGCUGCCCACGCCCCCGCCUCUCCCCGCCCACGCCAUCGCCCAGAUCGAGAAGGCUCGUCAGGAAGACGCCGCCGCUGCUGCUGGAGGUGGUCGAGGAUCGUAUGGAGCUGCAUCGGGCUCCGCGUCUCAGUUCUCUGGAGUGUCUGGUGGAGGCUUUGGAGGAGCACCUUCUAGAGGCUUCGGAGGCGCACCUGCUGGAGGCUUCGGAGGCGCACCUGCCGGAGGCUUCGGAGGCGCACCUGCCGGAGGCUUCGGAGGCGCACCUGCCGGAGGCUUCGGAGGCGCACCUGCUGGAGGCUUCGGAGGCGCACCUGCUGGAGGCUUCGGAGGCACACCUGCUGGAGGCUUCGGAGGCGCACCUGCUGGAGGCUUCGGAGGCGCACCUGCUGGAGGCUUCGGAGCUGCUCCUUUGGCUCCCAGGAGGACCUACGGCGCCCCUUGAUUAUAAUCGCACACGUGUAACAGUUAACCCAUCUCAUGAUCUCUGCCAGAAAACUUUUCCGCCCUUGAGACCUCUUGGUGAUAUCCUGCUGGGUCUCUCUCUCUAGUCUUACGUCUUUCAUGUCAACAGUGUCUCAUGUCAGCUGAUAUCCAGAGUGUUGUUCUCAGAUGAGUUGAACUCUACGCUUAUUUAAUUGAUAUAUAUAUAUAUAUAUAUAUAUAUAUUUUAUCAAAAUAAAAUAUUUCGAUGAAAA